CAUUUCAGACUGAGCACAUUCAUCACAUUUUCUGCAGCUACUUCCACCCAACGCCCUCACUGAUAGCUACACACAACCUACACGCAUAUGCACUUCCCCGAGCCCUCUUUGUUGUACGUUCUACUAUAAAUCCAUGGCCUGCUCAACACAGCUUCUUCAUCUCAUGUGCAAGCAACAUCACAAUCUACAACACACAUUCAGACUUCCAGAGCCAAAGUGAAAUUUAGCCAGCCAUGAUCCAUCCAAAGAAGCUUGCUCAGCUGGCCAAGAAGUGCCAACGGAUGUUGGCAGCCGGAGCCAGUGCCCGCUGUCAGCAUGCCUCAGACACGGCCGAUGAUGAAUGCUGCAGUACAGCAUCAUCUGUGGCUGCUGAUGAGGGCCACUGCAUGAUGUACACCACCAAUGGAGCACGGUUCGAGGUCCCUCUGGCGUACCUCGGGACGACGGUGUUCGCUGAGCUCCUGAGGAUGUCUGAGGAGGAGUUUGGCUUCGCGAGUGGCGGCGACGGAGGCAGGAUCAUGCUGCCCUGCGACGCCAUGGUAAUGGUGUACGUCUUGUGCCUGGUCAGGAGAGAGGCCUCCGAGGAGGUCGAGAAGGCAUUCUUGAGCUCCAUUGCUGGGCACUGUCACAACUACAAUGCUAGUUGCAUGGCCCCAUCAAUGGGAAUCACCCAUCAGUUUGCUCUUUGUACUUAGCUAUUCCCUCCGUCCCAAAAUAAGUAUCUCAACUUUGUACUAAUUUUAGUACAAAGUUGUACUAGAGUUGAGACAUUUAUUUUGGGACAGAGGGAGUACUAGCUUAGUUUCUGAAAUACUGUUUUGGUUAGGAUUGAGGAGAUCUGUAGUCUGAUAUAAGAUUCGAUCAUCACAGGAAAUGACACAAAAGAGACAAUUUUUCUGGGAAAAAAUGGAUUAUUUGACACAUCCUUUAACAUUCUGCUCAAAGUUUGGAGGGUGAAUUGUGGGUGCAGCGGCUAAAAGGAGGGGAUGUGAAUGAUGGAACUCGGCAACAGCACCGGCGAAGGGGAGAGAUGAACGAUCAGUGAACUGCCUUUCCUACCUGUAGCGAGGACCAUCGGAUUGAGAAUUUGACAUUGUGUGAGCCGUUUAUAAGAUUUUCCAGAGAACGCGCUCCACAUAGACCUGCCUCUACUGCCUCAUAGAUGGAUGCUUCCACUGCUGCUUGCGUGUGAUGUCUGAUGCACAGCUAGCCUGUGCGUGCGUGUGCUCGGUGGCGUCUUGCUUGCUCGAGCACCUCCUCCAUACUCCGGCAAACUACACAAGACAGAAGACAGCAUCAGGGCCUCUUCAUGCAUGUUCUUCAGAAGCUACAAACAACAAAUCUGGUUGCUGGCUCCGACAGUAGGCAUCUCACAGCCCAUGUAGUGGCAAGACGCCACCAUAGAACUCAGGAAUGCACUCUCGACCUCGACCUCGGUGAAGGCAUUUCUCCUUAGCAAGCAUAUGGCAUACUCCAUCACUGCAGCAUCACAGGGCAGUGUGAUCUUGCCAUCGAUCGCAAAGCCAAACUCCUCCUGGGACAUCCUCAGGAGCUCGCCAAAGAUCGUCGUGCCAAGGUACUCCAAUGGGACCUCGAAACGCCUCCCAUCAUCUGUGUACAUGACACAGUGGCCCCUGGCCGGUACUGAAUUGCAGCAGUCUUGAUCUUGUUUGGCCAACACUGUGAGCCUCUUCCUCCCAACUGGAGAUCUGAAGAAGUGAGCUAUGGAUGUUGCAGUGCUCAGUUGGUGGAUGAGCGGAUGAAGAAGUGAUGGUGUUGAGCUGAGCUGCUUGCUGAAUUUAUAGGCCAGGGGAAGGACGUCUUGACGGUGAACUGUGCUUGUCAUUGAGAAAAGUUGGCAGGGGACAAGGCCAUGGGAUCGGUGCAUGCAGCAUGAUUAAUUUGGAUUUGAUUGCGGUGGGGCCAAAUGUUUGGUGUAUGCUGGAGCCUAUAGUUGCAAUUGUUAGGCAUGGGUCUGCUUUCUUAUCAUUCGCGGCUGCCAUACCGAACCGCGUAGCCAACAAGAGGUGUGUCGGAAACAUGGCUACUGGCAACGUGCGAGGAAUACAACAAUGGGUUCCAGAUUCAGGGACUGAACAAUUUCGGUGAGCACUGAUCAAUUAUAUGCUAUAUAUUGAUGUGCUUCUGUUGAUUGGACUGUCAUCAUAAUGUUCAUUGUUCAUGCACCUGAUCAAUCUAUUCUCUGUGAACAUUCAGCUGAAAAGCUCGUGCUCGGCCUAGCACUUUGAUGUGUUCAA